AUGCGGAAGAAGGCGGACCCGCAGAGGGCAGCAGAUACUGAUUGCACAGUUGUCGCGGCGCCGAAAUGGCGGUACGUGCAGUGCAACAUCAAGGGGAUGUUGGCGAAACGGGAAGAACAACGAGCGAACGGGUCGGCAGCGGGGGCGAAGACGAAGCAGACGGCGGGACGGACAGGCCGGGACAACAUGGAAGACGGGAUCUCGGGCGACAGUCGCAAGGCAUCGUCGAGCGACAAGAACCAUAUCACACUGCGCAGCCGGCGCGUGCGCACGUCUGGAAGUAGCGAAAGCAGUGGCCUUUUGGGCGGUCGUCUCUUGGCCGGCAACGAGCCGCCCGUAUCCGCGAUAUUCCCUGUGACAGCUGUCACUCAGAGUGCCGCCUCGGACGUCGAGCAGCCGCAUGGCGCCUCGGCGUGCGACAAACGGCGGCAGUCGGCGGAGGAGGGGCUGAGCGUGUACAAGCGGCGCCGCAUGAGCUCCUUGCCUCCCGCCACGCACCCGCUCGCCUCGCUGCCCACCAAUGCCGUUAGGGUUAGCUCCGCUGCUCCGCCCGGCGGGGAGCAGAGCGCGGGAAGUACGGUAAGCACGGCUGGUGCGGACGCAAAGACGGAGUCGAGCAGCGGAGAGAGGGAAGCCGGCAGUAGAGACGCGCCUUCUGAUUCUGGCUUGUGCGCGCAAGGGCCUCAGGCGCAGGCACAGGCGCAGGGACAGGCAGAGCCCCAGGCAUGCGCACAGGCAUGCGAUGGGCGGCAGGCAAGCGGGGAGUGGAUGGAAGGCGGUGAUCCCGCUGGUCCCGCGGUACUGGAGGUCGAGGUGGCGGGUGAAGUGGCGGUGGCGCUGCACCGCGUUCCCCCGCGCGCACAGCCACCCGCGCGGGUGCUGCACCCGGCGGUGGCCUUUGAGAGCUCUGAAGAGCCAACCGUCCUUCGCCCUGCUGUGUGUGUCGUGGAAGCGGGAGGGGGCGCGGAGGUAGCGGCCGUGGCGGUGCUUGCGGCGAGCCCUGUGGCGGGACAGGCGGGCAGCCCGCACGACUCGAGCCACGAGCGCGCGGACGGGGACUCGCUGGGGUGCGGCUCUGACUGCACCAUCUGCUUCCGCGCGUCAGGGGAAGGGGAGGCAGCGGCGGUGGUGCAGAGGUGUGAGGGGGACGCUGCUGACACACGCGCUGGAGGCGAAGUGGGCGGAGGCAAGGAGAGUGGGGACAAGGUCGCCGAUGGUGGGGACAAGGAGAGCGGUGGCACGGACGGCAGUGCGAAGGACGGGGGUGCGAAGGUCGCGGCUACCAUGCCAGAGCCGAAUGGGGUCAUUCCCCGGGGGCCAGGCUCAUGUGGGCAAGCCUCCACUUCCCUGCCCGCCCUGUCCCCCCUUGCUCCCAUGCCCGACUCCCCUUCCCUUGCCCAUACCGGUUCAGGCGUACCCAAACCCGCGGGCGAGGCUGGCAGCCCGUGCGAAGCGGGCAGCCCUUGGGAAAUACCGGGGGCGGGCGGGCAGCAGAGGAGCGAGGGCAAGGGGGAGGGGGACGAGAAGGGCGGGUUGGAGGGGGGCGUGGGAGGGGUGCAGGCGAGUCAAGGGGUGGUGGCUGAGAAGGCUGAGGGCGUUUGUGGGGAGGUGAUGGAUACGCGCGAGCAGAUGGGUGGGGAGACAGGAGACGGUGGGACCAGAGGAGUCACCACAGAGGACGAGAAGAAGGGUGCAGUGAGGGAAAGCGCUCUCAAAGACUUGGGCUCGGACGAGGUUGACAUGAAAGUGCCUGUAGAGAUAAGGGGUGCUGCGGUGGCGAAGGAAGAAGGAAGCGGCGAUGCUGGGGGGGAUACAGGCAAGGCGAGCGUCGGUAGCAGAGAAAAGAAGGCUGGCAGCAGCGGUGGUGUGAAGAGAGAAGAUGAGGUGACGGUGAAGGCAGAGCGAGCAGGGAGUGAGGGUGGUGGUUUAGCAGAGGGGGAGAGCAGAGCAGCGAGAGGGGGUGGGAGUGAGGGAGGAGGGGCGGCGGCCAUGGUGGUGGAUGAUCCCGACGAGGACGACCUCGCCUGCAGCAAGCGCCGUCUGUUCCCAGAUGCCCCCGCUCUGCCUGCUCCGCCUGCUGCCGCCCCCCGCCCUCCUCUUCCUCCUCUUCCCCACCUUGCCCCUGCAACGACUGUACCUGCAGUGGCAGCAGCGCGGGUGCAGGUGAAGUGCGAGGCGGGUGAGAGCGAGAGUGUGCCUGUGAAACGUAUGGCCGUGACUCAUGCCGCUGCACCUGCCGCUGCCAAGGCUGCUGCCCAUGCACGGCUGGACAAGAAGGGGGAGCAGCAGGUGUACUGGCCGCUGGACGAGAGGUGGUAUGCGGGGCUGGUGUAUGCGUAUGAUGCGCGCACGGGCAAGCACCAGGUGCGGUACGACGAGACGGAGAGCGAGUGGCUGCGCAUGUCAGCCGAACGCAUCAAGCUGCACCUCCCCCGCCACGACCCCCUCCUCGCUCUCUGCCCCACCCCCCCUCCCCCUGCUGCUGCUUCUGCUCCUCCCCCUGCCCCCGCCGCCGCUGCUGCUGCUGCUUGCCCUGCUGCUGAUGCUGCUACGCGGGGAUGGCAGGGGCGGGGGCAGGGCGGGCGCGAGCUGGCGGAGCUGGCAGCGAGCAUGGCGCGCGACAUGGACCCUGCGCGCUCUGCUGUGCUGGCCGCCGCCGCCAUGCUCUCCGCCUCCACCCGCACUGCGCCCAGAGACCACAGGGGCGCGGACCAGGGGGGCGCGCCCAAGGGCAAAGCGGAGGGAACGGGGGCGGGUGCAGGGGCGGGGGCGGGGGCGGGGGCAGGGGCGGGGGCGGGGGCGGGGGCAGGGGCAGGGGGGGCGGGAGGGGCGCUGGAGGAGCUGAAGCUGGGGCGGUUUGGCGCCAAGGAGCUCGUGUGGGCGCGCGUCAAGGGGCACCCAGCAUGGCCGGCCAUGGUGUUGGACCCAACAGUGGCGGAGCGAGUGGGGCUGCGAGCAGUGAGGGAGGGCGGGGCGGGGGAGGUGCUGGUGCACUUCUUUGGCUCCUACGAGUGCAGCAUCGUUGCCGCCUCUGCCGCCUGCCCCUUCCUGCUCGGCCUCGCCAAGGGGCUGCACAACAAGAGCAAGGCCGCCUGCUUCAAAACAGCGCUCCAUGAAGUCGAAAGGUUCCUGCUGGUGGAGGAGCUGCCGGCGAAAAUGGCGUUCCUGCACGGGUCGGGGUCGGACGAGGGCAGCGAGGAGGAGUCGGGCAGCGAUGGGAGCAGUGGGGAGGGCAGCGAGGGGGCGAGCGAGGAGGGCAGUGAGCGGCAGAGUGGAAGUGGGGAGGGCAGCCAGAGCAGUGGCGAGGAGGGGAAGGGGGCAGCAGAGGCGGAGGAGGAGGGGGGGCAUGGGCGCAAGGGGGUGAAGGCGACAGGCAGUGGGGGCAAGAGUGGGGCGGAGGUGGGGGGACGGGCAGCAGUUGGAGGCAAGGUGGUGGAUGAUGUGGGGCAGGCAGGGGCGAGUUCAGGGGGGUGUGGGGAGGCAGAUGGGGAGGGGGAGGGGAAGGGGUUGGAGGCGAGGAGGAGCGGGGGGCAGGCAGUGGGGUCGGAUGCGGUGAUGGGGAGUGACUCAGCCACCACUGCCACGUCCCCGCCCUCCCUGCCCCUGCACAUCGGCUCCCUCACCCUGCUCUCCCUCGGUGCGCCCCUUUUCUCCCCACCCUGCUGGUUUGCUUCCUCUCAGCAGCUUCACCCCACUCCUCCCCAUGCCCCCAUCCCGCCUGCCAUCUCUUCCCCCAUUGCUAUCCAAUCUGCCCUCUCACUGCCUUGGCGAGUGGUGCCGGGAGAGCCUGGGUUCCACACGGCGCAGCACAUCUAUCCUGUCGGCUACAAGGCUGUGCGCCCCUUCCCCUCCGCCCAAGACCCACGAGUGGUGGUGAAUCACGUCAUGGAGAUCCUUCACCAGGCACCACCUCCCGCUCCCCCUCCUCCUCCUCCUCCGCCCCCCACUGCUGCUGCUGCACCUGUGCAAGCAGCAGCACCGUCUAUGCCGUUGGGGGAAGGUGCAUGGCGGCGCCCGCAGCUGCGGCAGACGCCACAGCGCAUGCAGCAGCAGCAGCAGCCCAAAGGGGCCAAGAAGCCGCAGCAGAAGAAGCAGCCGCCUGCCGCCUCUGGGGGUGCUGCUGGAAACACCCUGGUGCCUGGUGGUCCAAUCUUUCGAGUCACCCCGGAAGGCUCUGAUGCGGUGGAGGGACCGUCGCCCGGCGAGUGCUGGCGCAUCAUCCAGAGGCGCGUGGCGGAGGCCAAGCGCCUGCUGCUGCAGCACCUGCACCCGCCCACCACAGGCGCAGGGGGAGGGGCAGGCGGAGGGGCAGGGGCAGUUACGGGGACAGGGACAGGGGGUGGAGGCACAGGGGCAGGGGAAGGGAGGGCGCAGAGGGGCGGGGGGCCGAUGAUGGUGCCGCUGGCGGUGCUGCUGCAGCGAGGGGAGGGCAGCGGUGGGGCAGUGCUGCGUGCUGGGGCAGAGGCAGAGGGGGGCGGUGGUGGCAGGGCAGGCGCGGAGGCACAGGGGGGUGAUGGUAGCCGGGCAGGGGCGGAAGCAGAGGCAGGGGGGGAUGAUGGGGGCGAAGCAGGUGCAAAGGCGGAGGAGCAAGAGAGAUUAGAAGCCGUAACGAGCGGUGGGGCAGGGAGGGAUGGUGGGGGCGGAGGAAGAGAGGGCGCUGUGGGGCAGGGAGGGGCAGAGGCGGAAGCAAUGGAGGUGGAUGGGGGCGGAGGGGACGAGAGGGGGGGCGCAGCAGCAGGCGUGCAAGGGGUCUCGGCCCAGCGGGGGAUGCCUGCAGGGGACCCUCUCCGGUGGGCCUUCCCCCCCGCCUCUGCAGCGCGCCCCCUCGCCGCCUCCCCCUCAUCCGCGCCCCCGCUCACCCCCUCCCCGCUGCGGCCGCCGUGGCAGGCGCUGCCAGCACAAGGCACAGGGGGCGGGGCAGCGCAUGGCAGUGGCAGCCCGCGGUGUGGGGGCGAGUGUGGCGGGGUGAGUGGGGGGUGGGGUGGCAGCGGUGGCAGCUGUGGCAGCGGGGGCAGCAGGGGCAGCGGGCGGUGUGGGGCGUGGCUGCCGUCACACCACGUGCGGUCGGGGGCUCAGAUGUUUGGCCUCACCCACCCGCGCGUGGCGCAGCUCAUUCAGGGUCUGCCCAACGCCAGCCGCUGCCAGCAUUUCACCGCGUGGGUCAACGCCCCUCGCCCCGCGCCUGCUUCCAACACUGCGGACGCCAGCAGGGGCGAGAGGGCGCGGCAGGCCAGUGCGCCGGCGAAGCAGCAGGGGGAGGCGGCGCAGGGGGCACGGGGGGGAGCUGUGGUGGUGAAGGAGUCGCGGCUACCGGCGGGGUUCAAAGCGGUGGAGUACCGGCAGGCGUCCCUCGACCGCUGCGAUGUGUGCUGCCUCUCCGAGGUCAGUGCGUGCGCGGGGGAAGGGGGGGUGCUUCUUCAAGGUCAGCGGGAGUACGAGGACGACCAGCUGCUGCAGUGCGACAGCUGUCGCAUCAUGGUCCACAUGGCGUGCUACGGCGUCAGAGAGCCGCCAGAUGGCGGGCUGUGGCUGUGCGACGUGUGCAGCAAGUACGAGCGCCAGGGCAAGCGUGAUGCCAAGCCCCUCUGCUGCCUCUGCCCCGUGCAAGGGGGAGCCAUGAAGCGGACGGUGCAUGGGCUGUGGGCGCACCUGGCAUGCUCUCUCUGGAUCCCAGGUGCGCUGAACGUGCACUACUCACCACUCACCACUCACCUCUCACCACUCACCACUCACCACUCACCACUCACCACUCACCACUCACCACUCACCACUCACCACUCACCACUCACCACUCACCACUCACCACUCACCUCUCACCACUCACCACUCACCACUCACCACUCACCACUCACCACUCACCACUCACCACUCACCACUCACCACUCACCACUCACCACUCACCACUCACCACUCACCACUCACCUCUCACCACUCACCACUCACCACUCACCACUCACCUCUCACCACUCACCACUCACCACUCACCACUCACCACUCACCACUCACCACUCACCACUCACCACUCACCACUCACCACUCACCACUCACCACUCACCACUCACCACUCACCUCUCACCACUCACCACUCACCACUCACCACUCACCACUCACCACUCACCACUCACCACUCACCACUCACCACUCACCACUCACCACUCACCUCUCACCACUCACCUCUCACCACUCACCUCUCACCACUCACCUCUCACCACUCACCUCUCACCACUCACCUCUCACCUCUCACCACUCACCACUCACCACUCACCACUCACCACUCACCACUCACCUCUCACCACUCACCACUCACCACUCACCUCUCACCACUCACCACUCACCACUCACCUCUCACCACUCACCUCUCACCACUCACCUCUCACCACUCACCUCUCACCACUCACCUCUCACCUCUCACCACUCACCACUCACCUCUCACCACUCACCUCUCACCAUUCAAACCCCUACCCAUAUCAAUGCACCACUCCGUUUCAAUACUCAUCACUUCCCUCCCAAGUCAUCCCAACAGCGCGGUGGCAGCUGCGGUGUUGUGUGUGCCGCAUCCCCCACGGGGCGUGCAUCCAGUGCGCGGCGGGGCAGUGCUACACCGCCUUCCACCCGCUCUGCGCCAAACUCAAGGGCUACCCCAUGCUGGUGAGAGCACGACUCGAGGGCUACCCCAUGCUGGUGAGAGCACGACUCAAGGGCUACCCCAUGCUGGUGAGAGCACGACUCAAGGGCUACCCCAUGCUGGUGAGAGCACGACUCAAGGGCUACCCCAUGCUGGUGAGAGCACGACUCAAGGGCUACCCCAUGCUGGUGAGAGCACGACUCAAGGGCUACCCCAUGCUGGUGAGAGCACGACUCAAGGGCUACCCCAUGCUGGUGAGAGCACGACUCAAGGGCUACCCCAUGCUGGUGAGAGCACGACUCAAGGGCUACCCCAUGCUGGUGAGAGCACGACUCAAGGGCUACCCCAUGCUGGUGAGAGCACGACUCAAGGGCUACCCCAUGCUGGUGAGAGGGAGGGGGCAAGGCUACCUCGUACUGACAUUGGACAUGAGUGAGGAGAGCAUGGAGCGCAGCCGGCUGCACGGCACGGUGGUGGGGUCCGUGGCCAUGAUCUGCUUCUGCCCGCGCCACCGCGCCCGCGCCAAAGCCCUCCACGCCACACCCUCCCUCCCCCCCCACCCCUCCGCGCCCUCCCCCUCCCCCGAACCCACCGCCGCUGCUGCUCCCCCUCGCCCGCCCUCCCCCGCCUCUGCCCCAGCCACAUCUGCUGCUGCUGCUGCUGCUGCUGCCUCCCCCGCUCCCUCCGACCCGCCCCCCAAAGUGCUGCCCAUGGCACAGCUGCUGUGUCACCCCGCCCCCUCGCCCCUCCCUUCCCCCUCCGCCGCCCCUGCUGCUCUGGGCAGUGGGCAGGCUGAGAGGGGGAGAGAGGGGAUGGGAGGGAGCGAGGGCGACAGAGAAGAGGGCGGUGGGGGUAGGGAGGGUGCGAGAGAGAAUGGGAGCGGUGGAGGUGCGAGGGCGGGGAGAGAGGGGAAAGGAGGGGAGAAUGAGGGUGGCAGUGGGAGUGGCAGCGAGAGUGGGUGGAGUGAGAGCAGUGGAAGCGGAGGGGGUAGCAGCGAGGGCGGGUGUGAGAUGGACAGCAGCCGGCGGGAUGCACCGCUCGGUGGCAGGGCGGGUGGAGAGAGAGUGCUGUGUGCUCGAACAGAUCCCUUUGACGCGCGCAUACGGAGGGGGCGCAGGGAGCCGGACGCGGUGGCGGCCUUUUUGGCGAAGCGGUCGUUUCUGGAGAACGUGCCCUUCGCCAUCUGCGGCCGCCGCCAGGAGCAGCGCCGCGUGCACGGCCCCUCCGUGGUGGAGGCAGUGCGAGCGCACAUGCAGCACGCCGCCUCCCACCCCGCCCAGGAGCACGGCGCAGAGGACGGGCACGUGGGCAUGGUGGGGGAGGGGCGCGGCAGGGCAGGGCAGCAGGAGGUGUGCCGUGACGCGGAGGGCGUGAGGGACGUGGGGCCAGGGGGGGGCGUGCAUGUGAGCAGGCUGCGGCGGUUGCUGCACUCGGGGCUGGUGGGCGGGGCAGAGGGGGAGGAGGGGCAGGCGGGCAGCGGGGAGGGCGAGGUGCGGUCGAUGUCGGACCGCUUCCGCCGCAUGAAGUCCACCCAGCAGCAGCGCCUCGCCUUCGGUGCGUGGGGGGCAGGGAUGGUAAUUUGGUGCAUGUGUGCGCGGGCAGGUAGUGGGUGGGCGGGCAGUGAUGAUGGCAAGUCAGCCAUCCACGGGUGGGGUGUGUUCGCCAAGACGCCUCAUCGGGCCGGAGACAUGAUCAUAGAGUACGGGGGCGAGGUGGUGCGGCCAGUGGUGGCGGACUUGAGGGAGAGGCGCUGCUACGACUCACUCGUGGGAGCGGGCACGUACAUGUUUCGGAUCGACAGCAAGCGAGUGGUGGAUGCCACCAAGGCGGGCACCAUAGCGCACCUCAUCAACCACUCCUGCAACCCCAACUGCUACUCGAGGGUGGUGCAGGCGAGUGCGGAGGAGCGCAUAGUCAUCUUUGCCCGCCGGGAUAUCAUGGCCGGCGAGGAGCUCACCUAUGACUACAGGUUUGACUCGCAGGACGAGCAGCUGGCGUGCAACUGUGGCAGCAGCGGGUGCCGUGGCGUGGUGAACAUUCUGCGUGACGACGACGACGAUGCCGAUGGUGACGUGGCCAUGUGGGCCCCUCGCACCGAGCUGCUGCCCUGGCAGCCCCCCACCGCCCCCCUGUGA